CCACAGGACGCCAGCCAUUCUGUGUGAUUUACUCGCUGUGACUGAUGCGGCCGUUAAUAGCAACAUCCCCGCUGAACCGUCGGCUCUGUCACACGGCUGUCAUGGUCCUCUCAGCCUCCGGAGACAUUUCUCUCCUCUGAUUUCGGUUCGCGGACGGAAAACCCCCCGCACAGGAGCUAUCGAAGCAGCGGUGCGACGCGGCGCUGCCUCCCUCCCGGUUUGUUCGGCGGCAGGAGGAGGAUGGCACUGCGCCGGACGGGCUCUGUCUGUCUGUCUGUCCUCGGUGGUCCAUUAAGAUUUUAAUUAGCCUGAUAAGACGCCGUUUGACAUUUACGACGGUCCGGCGUGGGGAGCGACCAUAAACGCACCGCUCCGAUUAUGGAAAAGGAGUGCAGGUUUAAAGACCUCUGAUCGUAUUGGCACCAGGGCCAGCCAGGUGGCCACUCAGCCGACAACCAGGUCCACUGAGAUCCACAGGGAGACCCUCCUACCAGACCUCCACUGCUGCACCCGCCCCCCUCCAUCCUCAACAUGUCUAUCCCCAGCGGCAGCCCAGAAAGAGAGGGCUCUGGUGGGACACCUCCUCAGCUCGAGUGCCCUUCUUCCCCUCCCGGCAUGGACGCAGACCCCCCGUCCACAGGCAGCCCGGUGCUCAGCCCAGAUUCUUCUUCCCACGAUGCAGUGCUGUCAGCACCAGCAGCCUCUCCAGCAGACUCUGAGAAUCUGAGUCCUGAUGAACUGGAGCUGCUGGCCAAACUGGAGGAGCAGAACAGGCUGCUGGAGGCUGAUUCCAAGUCCAUGCGGUCGAUGAGCGGCUCGCGACGCAACAGCGGCUCCUCACUGGUGUCGAGCUCCUCGGCCUCCUCGAACCUGUCGCACCUGGAGGAAGACACCUGGAUCUUAUGGGGACGCAUAGUCAACGAGUGGGAGGAGUGGAGACGCAAGAAGGACAAACUCCUGAAGGAGUUAAUCAGGAAGGGAAUCCCUCAUCAUUUCCGGGCCAUCGUCUGGCAGCUGCUGGGUAACGCCACUGACAUGCCGGUGAAGAACCAGUACUCCGAGCUGCUGAAGAUGUCCUCCCCCUGCGAGAAGCUCAUCCGCCGAGACAUCGCCCGCACCUACCCCGAGCACGAGUUCUUCAAAGGCCAGGACAGCCUGGGACAAGAAGUCCUCUUCAACGUCAUGAAGGCGUACUCUCUGGUGGAUCGAGAAGUGGGCUACUGCCAAGGCAGCGCGUUCAUCGUUGGCUUGCUUCUAAUGCAGAUGCCAGAGGAGGAGGCGUUUUGCGUUUUUGUGCGUCUGAUGCAGGAGUAUCGUCUGAGGGAACUGUUCAAACCCAGCAUGGCAGAGCUCGGCCUCUGCAUCUACCAGUUUGAAUAUCUGCUACAGGAGCAGCUUCCAGAGCUGAAUGUCCAUUUCCGCUCCCAGAGUUUCCACACAUCGAUGUACGCCUCGUCCUGGUUCCUCACCCUUUUUCUCACCUUCCUCCCUCUGCCUGUCGCCACACGCAUCUUUGAUAUUUUCAUGUAUGAGGGCCUAGAGAUUAUCUUCCGUGUGGGUUUGGCCAUCCUGCAGUACAACCAGACUGACCUCAUCCAGCUGGACAUGGAGGGCAUGUCGCAGCAUUUCCAGAAGGUGAUCCCCCACCAGUUUGACAGCUGUCCAGACAAGCUGAUUCUCAGGGCCUACCAGGUCAAAUACAACCCCAAGAGGAUGAAGAAGCUUGAGAAAGAAUACACCACAAUCAAGAACAAAGAAAUGGAGGAACAGAUUGAGAUUAAGAGGUUACGCACAGAAAACAGGCUGCUGAAGCAAAGGAUUGAGACGCUUGAGAAGGAGAGUGCUGCUCUGGCAGACAGGCUGAUCCAGGGUCAGGUAACGAGGGCGCAGGAAGCCGAGGAGAACUAUGUGAUCAAGCGGGAGCUGGCGGUGGUGAGGCAGCAGUGCAGCACGGCCAGCGAGAGCCUGGAGAAAGCCCAGGACACCAUCCGAGAGCUGCAGCAGCAGAAGUACACGGAGCCGUUUGUGAGCAACCUGCAGACCCAGCUGGAGCAGUCGAGGCUGCGUGAGGCCGAGCUGCUCGGAGCGCUGAAGGAAAUGCAAGACAAGGUGCUCGACCUGGAGAAGAGGAGCAGUUGCCUGCCGGAUGAGAACAACAUGGCCGCCCUGCAGGAAGAGGUGAAGCAGAUGAAGCUGAGGGAGCUGGAGACACUGCGCUCAUUCAGAGAGAUGCAGGACACUGUCACUGAGCUGAACCAGCGCUGGCAGCAUCAUAUGUCCCGCGGCAGCAGCACCGGUGGAGGCGGCGGACACUGGAAAGAAUCCCCGAAGAAGAACGCCAUGAACGAGCUGCAGGACAAACUGAUGACAGUCAGACUGAGGGAGGCUCAGGCUCAGGCUGAACUCCGAGAGGUCAAACUCAAAGCUCUGCAGCUGGAGAGUCAGAACCAGAUCCACAGCAAACUGAUUGGUCGCAACGAGCAGGAACGCUCCGCCCUGCAGGACCGACUACAGAUGCUGGCCAAUCAGAACAAAGCUCUGCAGGCCCAACUCAACGAGAUGAAAAGGAAACAGGCUGAGUCCGACUGCAAGAGUAAGGAGGAGGUGAUGGCAGUGCGACUGAGGGAAGCAGACAGUAUGGCUGCCAUGGCUGAACUCAGGCAGAAGAUCGCUGAACUCGAGAUACAGAAGGAGGAAGGGCUGAUCCAGGGCCAGCUGAACCACUCAGACUCCAGACAGUACAUCAACCAGCUCCGGGACCAGAUCACUGAGCUCAAGAACGAGGUCAGGCUGUUGCGCGGGCAGAAAGCAGCCCCCAGCUCCAGGCUCAGCGGUGGUGGAGGAAGUACCAACUACCAAGAUCUCUGCCUGGCCAGCCCUGCCUCCGCUGAGGGGGACUACCUCAGUUCGGACGAGGACCUCCUCCCCAGCCCACUGCCUGCCACCGCCCUCUACCCCAGCUUGUCCGGCCCAUGCCACCCGUCUGCCCGCCUCGACAGUGAAGGCAGCACGGACAGCGAGGCAGAAGAGCGAGUUCAGACACAUCCGGACCCACAGCAGCUAUAUGGCAGCAUGGUGUGUGCCGAGGCACUGGAUAACUGAGACCUGCAGAGGGGUGCAGUGAUUUCUUUGGAAUUCUUUGACCUAACGAGAUACUGGAGCUCUACAGGACAAACUGCUACAGUAAACUGGGGUUGUACUAUCCAUCCCAGUCCUCCUCCUCCUCGGCUUUUCCAGUGUUUACCUUUUACUUGAUGCAGACAUAGUGGCAUUGAUUGGACCUCUUCUGGUCAUCACUACCUGUUGUCUCCGCUCCUGUUGCCGUCUCCACCACCUUGUUGCCCACAAUGUUCAGUCCUGUGUUCCCCGACAAGGAGGUAAUGUAAAGCCUCUCUCCUCCUUCCCACGUGUAAUUGCACCAGAAACUGUCCGUCGAGAUGCAUAUCCAUCUAAACAUGAACACAUGACAUGCAUACAAACAAAAUAUACUGAAAAGCCGGACCAGCACGACUGUUGCUGCUCGAGAUCCACCACUGGACCUGAAUCUGUGGCUGUGGUGAGGAAUGAAUGAUGGGUAGACAGACAGAAAAUAAUUCCUCCCUCUCCCUGUAAACGGAAUAAUAGACACUUGACACACUGUGUACUCUGUCUGCCCUUAUAUUACUCUCCUUCCUGAUUGGUUCAGAAUUAAAUCCAUCCUCAUCCUCCCUUUACCCCUUUUUACACUUCUCAUAAGGAAGCCUCACAUCCAUCUUCACUGCCUUCAGGAAAAAAAAACUUCUAUCAGCCAUCUGUUCACCUCUGUGUAGACCAAGUGUUAAAAAGAACAUUCAAUGACCUUGACGAGAACACACACAUCAAUAUCAAACUGGUAGGGAUAUCACAAGAUGGCAUUCAGAAGUGAAUCAUUAGCAUACUAAAUAUUUGUGUUGUUUUGUGUGGCUUGCAGAAGACAAGAGGGCAAGCCAUUUCCUGUGAAAGCUUAUUCACAAUAACCCACAAAAAAGGAAGAAACUCAAUGUUGCCAAAUCUUUAGUUUUGUUUUUUUUUUAUUAUUUUUGUGUUGUAAUUUAUUUUGAUAUUUUUUGAUAUGAAACUGUAGGAGUGUAGAGAUACCGACAGAGGCCAAACUUUCUGCACCGUCCUUUGUGCCAACUUGUCUGUCACAAGUUUACUGUGAUACUGAGUGUUUCAGAGACAGAAAAUGUGCUGCUAUGAUUUUGGAUUUAUUCCUUCCAUUUUGUUCUUGUUGUUAUUUUUUAAAUUUUAUUUUAUUUUACUUUGUUCAACCUGACAGUAACUCUGCUAUACAUUAGGUUAACAGUUACUGUGCAGAGCAAUCACAUCUAAAAAAAAGAACUGAAUAGUUUAGCUUCCUCUCUGGAGCUGCUCGACUUUUAGUAGUGAUGGGAAAAGUUUCCUUCAAAAACCAACACUGUUAUGUGUGACCCAAUAGGAAUAGUUGGACAUUUUGGCAAAUGCUGUCGCACUGAGAUUGACAUGAGAAGAUUGACACCACUCCAAUGUCUCUCUGAGGCCUUUAGCUUUCUGUGCUGCUUUAUCAUCUAUUUUACUAUAAAUGGAACCGUAAUUUGAAUAGAAUUCAAAAUCCUUCUUCUGACAUAUAAAGCUCUUAACAACCAAUCUCCAUCAUAUCUUAAAGACCUGAUAGUACCAUAUUAUCCUAGCAGAACUCUUCGCUCUCAAACUGCAGGCUUACUUGUUGUUCCUAGAAUCUCUAAAAGUAGAAUGGGAGGCAGAGCCUUCAGUUAUCAGGCACCUCUCCUGUGGAACCAGCUCCCAGUUUGGGUUCGGGAGGCGGACACCCUCUCUAUUUUUAAGACCAGGCUUAAAACCUUCCUUUUCGACAAAGCUUAUAGUUAGGGCUGACUGGGGGACCCUGACGGGGUAUGCUGGUGUUUUCAUUUGCACAACUGACUUCCCCUCUUGACGUCCCUUUAGUUUGCCCCUAGUUAUGCUGCUAUAGGCCUAGGCUGCUGGGGAACCUCUCUUGAUGCACUGAGCCCUUCUCUAACUACCUAUGUAUUUACUAUAUAUACCAUUAUUGCAUUACAUUCACUCUGUUUCUUUCUGUGUCCUUUCUCCGAGUGUCCCUGGUCCCAGAGCUGGAUGCUGGAUGCUUCAGAUGUGUGGCUGUGUUUUAUGGUCCUUGUGUCCCACCCCCCCACCUCUCUAUCUCUACCCCUCUAUCUGUAUCCCUCUAUCUCUACCUCUCUACCUAUACCCCUCUACUUCUAUCCCUCUAUCUCUACCUUUCUACCUCUUCUGUCCCUCUCAACCCGCCCGGCCAGCAGGCAGAUGGGUCCCCCCACAUUAGAGCCGGGUUCUGCUCGAGGUUUUUUUCCCUGUUAAAAGGGUGUUUUCCUUGCCACUGUCGCCUUUUGGCUUGCUCUGGGGGUCAGGCAUAUGGGUUCUGUAAAGCGUCUCGAGACAAUUUGACUGUAAUUGGCGCUAUAUAAAUAAAAUUGAAUUGAAUUGAAUUGAAUUAAUUUACAAAACAAACACCAUGCUAUGUUAAAAAAGACUUGAAAGUAGCAAGUGCACCAUAAAUACAUUAGGAGAACGGUUACUGAGGCAAGAAAUCAAGUAAGACGUAGGGUCAUUUUCUCAUAGAUUUCUAUAUAAUCUGACUUUAGAGGAGUCACCCCCUGCUGGCUGUUAGAAGGAAUGCAGCAUGUGCACUGACUAUAUUUUUCAGUCCGGGAGUCUACGUUCAUCUUUUAUAUUUAGUCAAUGGUUUAAGCCCAACUUGUUUUUAUACUUUAAGAUUAAAGCAGGACUAUGUAGCUUUUACUGAACAAAGGCCGUCAGUGCUAUAAUGAUAAUGUCUCACACAUUGUGCAACAUUAGCACAAGUAGAAGAGGGUCAUAAAGCCAGUAAACUGAAUUAGUAAUGUUAACUACAUAGCAAUAUCUUGCUAGUGUAACACUCCUGAGAUGAUAUAGUAGAGCAUUUUAAUUAAACUUUGAAUUGGUAAAUAGAAGAAUUUCAUCUUUCAUACAUGACAUAGUUUUGGCUGUUUCCUCUUUCUUCUAGUCUUCAUGCUAGCUAAGCUAACUCAGUUCCAAGAUACAGCUUCAUAUUUAACAGACAAACAUGUGGGUGGUGUCAGUCCUCUCUUCACACUGUUCCUUUAAUUGUCAGUGUCCGGUAAAGACAAACAAACAAAAAUACCCAGGUAAAGGUGUUGAUCUGGAAUCAACAGUUUAUGUGCUUGCAUCACUUCCUGAUGGCUAAAUCUGUGGGCCAAUGACAGAGGGCGGUGGUAGUUUCAUUUUCUAAGGGUGCUGACAAAAGGCUGUCGUCAUGGCUGGAGAGUGUGUGGAUGGAAAUAUUUUACAUAUCAAACGUUAAUAUAUUCUGUUUAGAAAAAGGUUGUAAAAUGUAUGGAGAAAUAUGAAAUAUACCGUUUUGACAGUUACAAAAGUAUAUAGAUGAUAUUUAAAGCUGUUUCACUGUCGGUCAAGUCAGAGGGUUUAUCAAACAGGGUAUCAUAUGUACAGAGCAGUGAUCUUUGCUGUUUGCACUACAGAGGAAGACAAACUCUCCACUCAUGACAUUAAGCUGUGAGAGAUGGUGUGAAUUAAUAGAUUCAUGGUGGGAUCAUUUCUUAUGAUUUUCAUCUCUUCAGAGAGACUUCAAGAUUAUACAUCCUGACUUUGUAUCGUGCUUCAUUAAUCGUCAGUCAGAUUUUCUCUAAACUCGUCCUCCUUUUUCCUUCACAGUGCUAACAUAUUCUGUGCAAUGCAAAUGAAACAAUUACAAAGCAGAGUAUUGUUGCUAUCUCCUGAGAAAUAAGGAAACUGGAUCUUCCAGUAAUGGCCAUCAAAAAGCUAAAGAGGAUGUUGGUUUGCCCACCAUACUGUUGCACAUAACAGCUUUUUAGUGGUGGAUGUAGCAACUGAAAUCUCUACGCUGGAAUCAGUGUUUGGAUAUCGUCAGGCCAAACGGCGGUUGUGCAAAUGUUUCCUUUAAGUUCUCAGUACGGACUGUAGUUUGGCUUCGGCUCUGUUGAACAUGAGAUCUAGAUGUGUUUACUUUAAAUCAUAUCUGGCUGAAUUUCAUACUUAAAGUUAUAAUCCUGAAGAUUAUUCAUCAUAUCAGACCCCAUUUGUGAUCAUAUUUGUGUUUUUUGAUGCAUUUACGUAAUGCAGUCGCCUCUCUGUAUGGAAGUUUUAAAUGUUACUGAUAGAGAUGAACCAAGGACAGACGCAGCAAACAUGAAAUAAAUGCUGAAUUUUAUGUGACAUUGGAGAAGAAUUGUAGCACAGAUGUAUGCGGAUCCGUAAGGAGACCAAUAUGUCUCAAAUUAAUACACGAAACAAAUGUAAAUGCCAUAUUUCCAUGAUAGAUUUCCAUAAUAUGAGGUUUAACUUGAGCUCUUUACACCUCUUUAGCAGUGGUUUAAUUAAACAGAAAAAAUUUGUACCAAUGACUGGAAACGGACAUGAUCUGCAAAAUCUUGAUGAUUUUCUGGAGAUUUUCCUGAAUUUUGCACCCUAUUUAAAUGGAAACCUGCCUUUUGUUGACUGUCUUCAUUAAAACACUGAGGCAAUACAUCUUUGUUUAGUUGCUCUGUUAACAUACGCAUGCAGGUUUCAGACCACACUCUUGGAGCUGCAUUAUUAAUCCCACCAGUAACUACAGAUGUUGCCAAAUCCAGCGUGACUUGAAUCUUAAGGAUUAUAACUUUAAAAUUUCUGUCUGAGUUCCAUCCAAAAUCACAUAAAGUAAUUGCAGGAAGCUUCUAUUCACAGUAGUUUCCUCUCUGACUUUCAUCUGGAUCCAUACCAGUGUCCUUCCACACAUUAACACAUGUACAGCUGUUUAGUGAUGGUGCUCUGUUCUCACCACUGUCUCAAUACAACUCUAUCUACUGUGACGAAACAUUUUGAUAUGUUUGUAAAUUAGUUUUGAAUACGGUAAUCGCCUUCAUCCUUAGUAUUAUUUUUAUAUUCAACAUCAGUACUUUGGUUCCUCCUGCUAACAGCGUUACAUGAGAUGAUUAAACAUCCUAAUGUGCCAUAAAAGUAGAGAUUUACACAGUAUGCCGAAUGACUUCAUCGAAGUUUCAUCGACCAGUUAGUCACUUCAUGAAACAGCCGUGUAAUAUGAAGUGAAUUUUCACGUAAAAUACGAUCACACUGUGUUACUCCAGAUUUAUCAUCAUGAAACUGCAACAUCCACCACGUUUCCCCUGAUUUAAAACAGGAACUUAAACAACACAGUAAAAAAACAGUGAGUUUUUUUCCAUUUUAGAUCUGAUGGGGGAUUUCUCAGAUUUGUGUACUGUAUAUCCACAGCAUCAUACCCAGGAGCCUCAUCCACCCUCUCUCUUCCUCUCUUGCAGUUCAGCUGAUGUUGUCAAAUAUAUUAAAUGACAGUAAAAAUUAUAUUAAUUCCUGUAUGAUGGGGAAAAAAUACAUUUCAGUGUUCUGUAUCCUAUGAAUGAUACAAAUAAACUUUGACAUUGCACCUUUGCAAAGGCCUCA